UGGGUAGUAGUUUAAUUAACUUAUAUAUAAAUCCCAUACUUAUAUGCAGAAGAUCAGCGAAGUGUUACUGAAGGGGCACCAGUACCCAGCAUGGCAACCACAGAGGAGCAAAACAUGACCGGAAAAACCACUAUCUCACACGGCGUCAUCUCCGUCAUUGGCCGCCGUCGAUCCAUGGAGGAUGCUGUUACUGUUGCCCCGUCCCUAGUCCAAAUCACCAAAAACCAUCAUCCCACUGAUCAGGAAAAGGAUCUACCUGAUGAACUGAUGAGCUAUGAUUUGUUCGCCGUGUACGACGGACACGGCAGCAAUAGGAUUGUACAGAGGUGUAAGGAGCGGCUCCACCAUGUCGUGGCGGAGCAACUCCUUGAUGCGGGGAGGGUGGAUCAAUGGGAGAGUGUGAUGACAACUAGCUUCGCUAAGAUGGAUGAUGAGAUAGCAAAGGAGGAUGGUUUAAGAAGCCAUUCACCUACUGAGGAGGCGGAGGGGACGACGGCAUUGGUGGUUUUGGUGGGCAAAGAGGAGAUUGUGGUGGCUAAUUGUGGAGAUUCUAGGGUUGUUUUGUUCAGUGACGGCGCCGCUUUACCCUUAUCACGUGAUCGUAAGCCAGAGGGGCGAGAUGAAAGGGAGAGAGCAGGAUCUUCUACAGGAGGGGACGAACAUCCUAAUCAAUACGUGAUAUCUACACCUGACGUGACAGUACACAAACGCGCUAUAUCAGAAAACUUCCUGGUAAUUGCUAGUGACGGAUUAUGGGACGUGGUAUCCAAUGAGACGGCCUGUGACUUAGUGAGGAAAUGCUGUUCAGGUGAAUUAGUAAGUAGGAUUCCAAUGGAGGGCACAAUUGGAAAGUGUGCAGCUGCUUCUGCUGCAAUGCUGGUGGAGUUGGCUCUCGCUCGUGGAAGCAAAGAUAACAUUAGUGUCAUAGUUGUUGAAUUGGAGCAGCUUCAUGCUCAUGGUGCCACCUCAUCUACUUGAACUGAUACUCUGAAAUUCACUCAUAUGCCAAUGAUUUCACCACUCCCAAACAUUUACAUUAUCCACUCUUUACACAAAAACUGAGAGCAUGAAAUGUCUACGUUGGGAGUGUCAAAAUCAUUUCCCGUCCCCAGCAUACGUGUAUCAUAGUAGAGUUUCGGUAUUUUCCUUGUUUUCUUUUGGUUCUACUACGAGGAGCUCCUACCGCUUUUAGCGAGUGGACUAAUUUCUCGUGGAAGUUUGCAUGGUACCUCGAUGGGCAGCUUCUCUCCCAGCUGAGGGUUUUUCCAUACCUAAGGUUUGAACCCGAGACCUUGGUUAAGGAGCAAGAGGCCUUUAAUUACCACUCACGCCAACCCCAGUUGGUUCAGUAUUUUCUUUGUGAUUGGGUAAUUUGUAUCUUUUGGUAGUUUUAGCAUGCACAAUAGAAAGGAUGGAUGUUUUUUCCCCAAACAGAAAUCAGACACGGGCUUCGGCUUCUCGUCUAUUUUCUGAGAGUUGUAUACUGAGAAAGCAGAUACUAUAAAGUAAUAAAACUCCUGCAUUGAGUUAUUUCUGUAUGAGCAGAAAUUGUCUGUUGAUCAAUAUAGUUUUCGGUUUGUAAGAUGUAUGAUUGAAUGACUCUGGUGCAGAAAUUUGUCAGCCAGGCUCAUUUAUCUUGUUGUAAAUUGCCACUUUAUCGAUAUAUACUUGGGUUUUUUUCUUCA